AUGGCGCAGAAGAGAUAUAUAAUAGAGAUCGAGCCGGCAAAGGAAGCGAAGGAUGAGAAGCCAUCAAUCGGUCCGGUGUAUCGCAGUGUGUUCGCUAAGGACGGUUUUCCACCUCCGAUUGACGGAGUGGAGAGUUGUUGGGACAUUUUUCGUAUGUCAGUAGAGAGAUAUCCAAAUAACCCCAUGCUGGGUCGGCGUGAGAUGAUGAAUGGAAAGCCUGGUAAGUAUGUGUGGAUGACUUACAGAGAAGUACACAACAUAGUAGUGAAAGUUGGAAAUUCUGUCCGCAGUUGUGGUGUUGGUGAAGGAGGACGAUGUGGUAUUUAUGGCGCCAAUUGCGCAGAGUGGAUUAUGAGCAUGGAGGCAUGCAAUGCUCUUGGCCUCUACUGUGUUCCUUUAUAUGACACUUUAGGUGCUGGGGCCAUUGAAUAUAUCAUAUGCCAUGCGGAGAUUACGAUUGCUAUUGUAGAAGAAAAAAAGAUACCUGAGUUGUUGAAAACAUUUCCAAAUGCAACAAAGUAUUUAAGAACAAUUGUGAGCUUUGGGAAAGUAACUCCUGAACAAAGGGAAGAAGUUGAAAAGUGUGGCUUGGCUAUAUAUUCUUGGGAAGAAUUUUUACUAUUGGGAGGUAAUAAACACUUUGAUCUUCCAGUAAAAACGAAAAGCGACAUUUGUACAAUAAUGUAUACCAGCGGAACAACUGGUGACCCCAAGGGUGUUAUGAUUUCCAAUAAUAGCAUUGUUACUCUUGUGGCCGGGGUGAAGUGCUUCCUAGAGAGUGUGAAUGAAGGGUUGACUGUGAAGGAUGUAUACCUUUCGUAUCUUCCUCUCGCGCACAUCUUUGAUCGGGUGAUUGAGGAAUGUUUUAUCAACCAUGGGGCUUCAAUAGGGUUUUGGCGUGGGGAUGUCAAAUUAUUGGUCGAGGACAUUGGAGAGCUGAAACCUACCAUUUUCUGUGCUGUUCCCCGUGUGUUAGAUAGAAUUUAUUCAGGUUUGCAACAGAAGAUUUCUUUGGGGGGAUUUUUAAAGCAGAAAUUGUUUAAUGUUGCAUACUCCUCCAAAUUGCGUAACAUGAGGAGGGGGCGUAAACAUCACGAGGCAUCUCCACUUUGGGAUAAAAUUAUUUUCAGUAAGGUUAAGCAAGGGCUAGGGGGCAAUGUAAGGAUUAUUUUAUCUGGAGCUGCACCUCUUGCUCCGCAUGUAGAAGGUUAUCUACGAGUGGUGGCUUGUUGUCAUGUUCUUCAAGGAUAUGGUAGGGUUGUCUUCGAAAAUUUUGCUGGCCUGACGGAGUCCUGUGCCGGGACAUUUGCCGCGAUACCUAAUGAGUUUGAUAUGCUGGGUACAGUGGGACCUCCAGUACCCAAUGUGGAUGUAUGCCUAGAAUCUGUUCCUGAAAUGGGAUAUAAUGCCCUUUCAAGCACACCACGUGGAGAAAUAUGCAUAAGGGGAGAGACCUUGUUUUCAGGGUACUACAAACGUGAAGACCUCACGAAAGAGGUGAUGGAUGAUGGGUGGUUCCACACAGGGGAUAUUGGCGAAUGGCAAAGGAAUGGAAGCAUGAAAAUUGUAGACCGUAAGAAAAACAUUUUCAAGCUCUCACAAGGAGAAUAUGUUGCUGUUGAAAACUUGGAGAAUGUUUAUGGUCUUGUUCCUGAUAUUGAAAUGGUAUACCUUCCAACUGCUUGUGCUUGCAUGUAUACAUAUAUGUCGAUAUGGAUAUAUGGAAAUAGCUUCGAGUCUUUUCUUGUCGCCGUUGUUAACCCCCAUGAGCAAGCAAUUAAAUGCUGGGCUGAAGAGAAUGGUGUAUCAGAGGAUUUUCAUUCCCUCUGUGAGAAUCCCAAGGUGAAAGAAUACAUAAUUGGAGAGCUCAAGAGGGUUGGGAAAGAGAAAAAGCUGAAAGGUUUCGAAUUUAUCAAAGCUGUUCACCUAGAUCCAGUGCUAUUUGACAUGGAUCGUGACCUUCUCACUCCAACUUUUAAGAAGAAAAGGCCCCAAUUGCUCAAAUAUUACCAGCUGAAAGGUUUCGAAUUUAUCAAAGCUGUUCACCUAGAUCCAGUGCUAUUUGACAUGGAUCGUGACCUUCUCACUCCAACUUUUAAGAAGAAAAGGCCCCAAUUGCUCAAAUAUUACCAGAGUGGUAGUCUACGUGCAUCCUAUCAUACUGUCUGUGUAAUUGAGAUGCAUCAUCCGGUGUGGUCCAUUGGAGAUUUCAUGGUGGCCCCUUUUCCUAUUAGAGUGGCAAAUUUUGGCUCCAUACCAUUGCCCUGA